UUCGCACCUCCUCUCCUGGUACCGCGCUCCAUCCCUAAAGCUUUGAACAGAGCUGCAGCCUCUCAGUGUUGGACGGGAUCUGGGAGAGAUGGAGGCAGCUCCGAUCCCCGGGAGCGCACAGCCCCGCAGCAUCGUGCCCCGCGCUUAGCAAGGACUUACCUACAGCUGCUGCUACUGCUGCCCACACUGCUUCCCUCCAGCCGCAUUUACAAAACACAUUCCUCCAGUCUAUGAUGAAGAUGAAGACUUACAAUGAGGAGUCUCAGCUGUACUCUAGAGUCUGGACACACAAACAGCUUGAAGUUCAUGUUGGCUGAUUUGUUUCACAAGACAAAAUAAUAAAGAAAAAGUCAAGACAUCUUAUUGAGCAUCUAUGAUCAACUCCUUAGCAUGCCUGCAGAACUAGAAAAUUGCCCAUAAAGCUACAGAGAACCUGAAGCAAUAGAAUGACAUUAAGGGAAAAUUAUGACAUCAGCAUCUAAAGGAAUCUUACGGCCAUUUUUAGCUGUCAGCGGUGUGUUGGUCUGCUUCAUGAUAUGUUUACUGAUAUACGUCAAACCAACAAACAACUGGAUCUCCGGUCCUAUCGAGUCAGCACAUUCAGUCCUUAAAAUGAAGAAUUUUUUCUCUUCUAAACAGAAUUAUUACAAUGAAACAGUCAUACUAAUUUGGGUGUGGCCUUUUGGGCAGACUUUUGAACUGAAAUCCUGCCAGACAUUGUUUAAUAUUCAUGGGUGCCACCUUACUACUGACCGCACACUGUACAACAAAUCUCAUGCUGUCCUUCUUCACCACAGAGACAUUAGCUGGGACCUCACUAACCUGCCCCAACAGUUGAGGCCACCUUUUCAGAAAUGGAUUUGGAUGAAUCUGGAAUCGCCAACACAUACACCACAGAAAAGUGGCAUUGAGCACCUAUUUAACCUGACUCUAACUUACAGGCGCGAUUCAGACAUUCAGGUGCCGUAUGGCUUCAUGGUAGUAAGCACAAAACCAUUUGAGUUCGAGGUUCCAAGCAAAGAUAAGUUCGUCUGCUGGGUUGUUAGCAACUGGAACCCAGAACAUGCCAGAGUCAAAUAUUACAAUGAACUUAACAAAUACAUUGAAAUUAUAACGUACGGGCAAGCUUUUGGAGAAUACCUGAGCGAUAAAAGUCUACUUCCAACUAUUUCAUCUUGCAAAUUUUAUUUGUCUUUUGAAAAUUCCAUUCACAAAGAUUAUAUAACAGAAAAACUUUAUAAUGCAUUGUUGGCUGGAUCUGUGCCCAUUGUACUGGGACCUGCUAGAGAAAACUACGAGAACUACAUUCCAGCAGAUUCCUUUAUUCACGUGGAAGAUUUUCUCUCUCCAAGAGAAUUAGCUGAUUAUCUUUUAAUGCUGAACAAAGACACAGAACAAUACCUGAGCUACUUCAACUGGAGGAAACAUUUUACAGUCAAUAUGCCACACUUCUGGGAAUCGCAUGCAUGCUUAGCGUGUGACCAUGUUAAAAGACAUCAAGAAUACAAAUCAGUUGGGAAUCUAGAGAAGUGGUUCUGGAACUAAACCAUAACAUUUUACUAACGCAAAUUGAAGGGAGAAAAAUAAAAAUACCAGCGUUUCAGUGCUUUGUCCCACAGUUCAAUGCUCUGGCAAUUGUAUUAAUUAAAUGUCAAAUUUGAAAAUUCAACUUUUCACCUUGAAAUCAUUAGCCUUAUUUUUGGCCAUCCUUUGUGUAGCUGUUUGUGUAUGUAUCAAUUUUAAUGUAUAGCUUAGGCAUUUUUCAUGCACUUUUUAGCACUUGAUGAACUUGAUGUGCAUCUUGUAACAUUUUAAAAUCAGCAAUUUGUAUGUGUUUUUUGUGUAUAUUUGUUAUAGGAAAUCUAAGUGCAUCUGAUACUGUAUACCAGAUGGGAAUAAUUUAUUAUUAUAAUAUGUAUUUUUUUUUUUUCGUAAAUAGAUGUUUAAUGUUCAGGUUGAGACAAUGAAAAAACUGGGCAAUCUUGGUAGUAUGUUUCCACAUACUAUAAAAUAUGUGCGGCUUCAAUGUGGUUAAAUACUGUAUAUUCUGUACUAUAAGUUUAACAAGUAUCAGCUAAGCCACUAUUAAUACCGCAAAGCCAUCUGUCAUCAUUGAUAAAUCACAGAUAAUUUUUUAGAUGUCUCGCUUUUCCGAUCAUAUUGAUCAUUUAGUUUAACAUUUUUUUUUUCUUGUUUGGUUAGAUGUCUUCAAAUGUGUCUGGCUUCCUUGUAUUUUCUUAAGGGAGUCAUGAUCUUUAUUUUCUUACAAAGAAUUAAGAGUACCAAUGCAAUAUUUGUAAGGCUUUUGAAGAAAAGUUGCUUGUCCCAACUGCAAGUCUGGUUCUGCUGAGAGAAUAUAAAAUAGUGGAUAGAAAUAGUACAUAAUGUAUGUUUAAUUAAAGGACCAGUAACAUCAAAAAAUUAAACUUCUUUAAAGUAAUAAAAAUAUAAUGCAGUGUUGCCCU